CAUCACAAAACGAAUACAAAUCGAACCAGAUCGUCAAUUUUUUCUGGAUGGGCAACCAUUACAAAAAGAAAACAAUACUGCGGAAAACUUUUAGCAACAGGAGAGAAAAUUGUAAAAAUUGUAGUUCAGCUCGCUGGUUGAAGUGAAAUGCAGUCGUACGGUGGCCCCGCUGACCAGAGCCACCUUCACAAGUCGGAGCAACGAGCGGUCUUUGCACAUCCAGCGACGCAUCCCUGGCUGCUCGAUGGGAUGCCCUGGAUGCUGGCCACAACAAAUGCCCCACAGCCGGGCGGUGUCAUGCAAUUCGGCUCAAAUGCCAACUAUAAUAAUGAAUCUGAGGUGCAAUGCGGCAAGUGGCAGCAAAAGCGCAAAUCAUUGGAGCAACAGGCAUCUGGACUUCCGCCAAAACAGCUGAUAACCGAGGAGCGGAUAACUGCGCAUUUCAGUGGCCUGCAAAUUUCUGGAGAUGCGAAUGGCGUCGGCGCUGGUCGAAGUGCUGGGAACAACAACAGUGUGACAAAUGUGAACGGAGGAUUGGCCACAGAUGAUAUACCCUCGACUAGCACUGGAAAAACGCAUCAUCCGAAUCCAGCCUAUCAAAUGGCAGCCAUGGAAUUGGAACAGAAACUACGCAAUGCGAAUCGUAUUGUGAUCUGUGAUGAAUUAAAGCAGGGCGUCAGUCCAGUCCCAGUUGCGGGUGCCAUACCACCGGAGUGGCUUCUAAAGUCAAUCCCAAGGCCAUGCACCGCCCUCGUGCCAUGGCAGCCAUCUCCGCUCCAGAUCCCGCUACCCAAAGAGCAGCCUCGACCGCGAGCUCCACAGUCAUCAGGUGUUUCUAACGCUGCUGCUGCUGUGGAUCUCGAUGAUUAUGAUGAUGACCUGCAGUUCUUUGAGAAUAAUAAUACAUGCAAUGUGAAUUUAAAUAAGUCUGAUGAGCAAAUGGAUGAAGACCUGUAGCGCUAAGUUAGGAACUAGGAGACAAAGUGGGAGAAUGAGGAGCAGAAGGCGACAGCAUGUCGAUUUAUCAUUUUAUUAAUUCUACAUAACGAUUAUAUUCAUAUGUACUCAUUUGUAUGCAUGGGUUUUCACUUAAUUCACAUUAAAAAUAAUGUUAAUAUA